CACCGCUCGAGCACUAAAAGCUCUCCAGUCUGUAGUGCACAAGUCUGUAACACCGUGCACCGCUGAAGGUCCACUAAAGGUGUGUGUAUAAACAAACCUGUCUACUGCUGUGUAAGUUUACGCACAUCAACAACCUCUGAAUAUCUCGACUACAUCCAGCCAUGGUGGACAAACUGGCCUCUGUAGGACGCAUGCUGUUGCGGCGCCGUGCUCUAGACUUUUCCAGCGAGGAGACCCGAUUCGCCCGUUGCCUCUCCACCCUGGAUCUGGUGGCUCUGGGCGUGGGCUCUACACUCGGUGCUGGUGUCUAUGUUUUGGCUGGAGAGGUAGCAAGAGAGAAGGCAGGUCCUGCUAUUGUCCUCUGUUUCCUUGUAGCAGCGCUGUCGUCCAUGCUGGCAGGACUUUGCUAUGCAGAGUUUGGGGCUCGAGUACCCAAGACGGGCUCGGCUUACCUGUACAGCUACGUGACCGUGGGAGAAAUCUGGGCCUUUAUUACUGGCUGGAACCUCAUCCUGUCUUAUGUCAUUGGUACGGCCAGUGUUGCUCGAGCCUGGAGCUCCACCUUUGAUAACCUGAUAGAACAGCGUAUCUCCAGCUUCUUCCGGUCAGUCAUGGCCAUGAAGGUUCCAGGCAAUGUGCUUGCUGAAUAUCCGGACCUGUUUGCCCUCAUUCUCAUUCUGCUGCUGACCGGUUUGCUUGCUUUUGGUGUGAGUGAGUCUGCUCUCGUCAACAAAAUCUUCACUGGAAUCAACCUGGUGGUGUUGGGCUUUGUUAUGAUCUCAGGCUUCGUAAAAGGCAAUACAGCAAACUGGAAUCUCACCAUGGAUGACUUUUUCAAUGAUACCAACAUCACAGCAGCAAAAGAGGUGGAGAGAUCUUUUGGAUCUGGUGGCUUUGCACCAUUUGGCUUCAGAGGCAUCUUGGCUGGUGCGGCCACCUGUUUCUACGCCUUCGUGGGUUUUGACUGCAUCGCAACAACAAGUGAGGAAGCCAAGAACCCGAUGCGCUCCAUCCCUGUGGGGAUCGUUGUGUCAUUGCUCAUCUGCUUCUUUGCAUACUUCGGUGUGUCAGCCGCACUCACACUAAUGAUGCCGUAUUACAAGCUUAAUACCCAGAGUCCUUUGCCUGAGGCCUUCAGCCAUGUAGGCUGGGCACCAGCACGAUACAUCGUGGCCGUGGGUUCACUCUGCGCCCUUUCGACGAGUCUGCUGGGCUCCAUGUUUCCCAUGCCACGUGUAAUCUACGCCAUGGCCGAGGACGGGCUGCUUUUCCGCUCUCUGUCCAGCAUGAACAAGCGCACCAAAACCCCGCUUCUGGCCACGGUUGUGUCUGGCAUUGUAGCAGCACUCAUGGCUUUCCUGUUCGACUUGGCUGCGUUGGUUGACCUUAUGUCUAUUGGCACAUUGCUGGCCUACUCCCUGGUGGCUGUGUGUGUUCUCAUUCUCAGAUACCAGCCAGGAAUGCUUGGCUCCUCCAGUCAGAGUGAAAAACUGGUAGAGUUAGUGGGAGGUGAGAAGGUGGCGGUGUCUGGAGACAGUGGUGAUGAAUACGGUCUUGACUCAGGUGAUCACCUCCCCAGAGAGAAGUUCUCCUUCAAGCUGCUCUUUGUUUCUUCAAGGGACAGCCCAACCAAAAUAUCUGGAGCAAUCGUCUAUGCUGUAACUGCGAUUAUCUCCGUACUGAUCACCGUGCUGUGUGUGGUGUUGGCCGUGUGGCUGGAUGAACUGAUGGCAGGCGAUCUUGUGUUAGUGGCCGUGUGCACUAUUCUCACGUUGCUCUGCUUCUUCUGUGUCAUCAUCAUCUGGAGGCAGCCUGAAAGCAAAGAAGCACUCACCUUCAAGGUGCCUCUUCUGCCUUGGCUGCCUCUGUUUAGUGUUUUUGUCAAUAUCUACCUCAUGAUGCAACUGGAUCUGGCCACGUGGUGCCGCUUUGCAGUUUGGAUGGCUGUUGGAUUCAUGAUCUACUUCUUUUAUGGGAUCCGGAACAGCAGCGAGGCAUUGAACAGCACCCAGAGAAAAAAGAAUAAGAAGACCCCCAUUUAUUUAGUAGGCGAUGACAGUGAGGUGGAAGCCAUGUCUCCUUGAUAACCAGAGAAGUAGCUCAUCUCUAACCAUGAAGUUCUAUAUUUAUAAAGUGAAGUCUACAAAUUCAGUGUUACACAAUUGGAAAUCUUGAUUAUAGAUUGUGUCGAGCAUUUUAUUUAGAAAAACAAACACCCGAAAAUAAUUAGACUGUGUUCAGUACAUGAAAUCAGUAUGAUGUAGAAAGUUUUACUUGACAUUGAUAGCCUAAGCGGCUGGUAUUAGUACAGUACAGAUAAAUACUAGCAGUGUUCUAGCUGAUGGAUGCUAGUGUACUCAGACAUACUGUAGAAACUGGUGUCUGUUAGACAUUAGGCCAAGUGUAUACAGGGUAUUUGUGAACAUGUGGCGAUUGUUAGUUGUUUGUAUUAUCUUAUUGUGAUUACACCGUCUGUUAAAACGGAGCCCUUUUGGGAGAGAGCUGCUACAAAGAACCAUUGUGAGGUCCGGCCAUAUUGUGUGUAACUUGGUGUGAUGUUAGUUACUAGAGUGACCUCUAGUGGCUAAUGUACAAAAUGCAACAUCAGUUCUUUCCCAGUGAGCGGCUUGUUUACGCUUUAAAAUAAUUGUAACGUUACACUUUAACAUUGUGACGUUACGCUUUAACAUUGUGAUGUUACGCUUUAACAUUGUGACGUUACGCUUUAACAUUGUGACGUUACGCUUUAACAUUGUGACGUUACGCUUUAACAUUGUGACGUUACGCUUUAACAUUAAUGUGACCUUACGCUUUAACAUUAAUGUGACGUUAAUCUUUAACAUUAAAGUGACGUUACACUUUAACAUUCGUAUGACGUUACAGUGACCUCUAGUGGCUAAUGUACAAAAGACAACAGCAAGUGAACAGAACAGUAAAUCGCUACAUUUUGACUUUGCUUGUUUACGCUUUGACAUUCGUCUCUAAGACCAGUCAGUGUUUAUGCAGUUUAUUCAGUAUUAAGGAAAAAACCUUAAGAUUUGAAUAGAUAUUGUUUAUUUUAAAAUUAAGAAAUAGAUAUAUCUACUAUUACCAGUAAUGGAUUAGUACUGUAGAAUGUCUGGGUGGGAUGGAAAUCUGUGUGUGUGUGGGGUUGGGCAACUGGAGAGCAAUUCUUUUGUUGUUUAAGUUUGUAAAAAAAAAAAAAAAAAAAAAAAAAAAUACUUCAAUUCUAAUGCCCUUUUAUAACCCAAAAAAUGAAGUAUCUAAGAGACUAGACAGACUCUGAAAUGGGAUUUGAUGAAAUCUGGAAAGUGAUUGGGGAAAAAACUGAUCCCAAACUGCACUGGAAAUAAUUGUCAAUGGCAUUUUUGAUAACAGCUGUAUUAAAACUGGAAUGUGAAGGUCUUAUGUACUGGAUGUGCUUAAUUCACAAAAUGAAUACAUUUCUACAUUUAGAAAUGACAUCCAGAAACAGUAUAUUUUCCUAAAGCUGCUUUGUUCAAUGUCCAUUAUACAAAAAUCCUAAAUGAAUUGGUUAUGAAUGGAAUUUGUAUCUCACACUAGGGAUACUUUUGAGUAAAAAAAAAAACAAAAAACAGUAAAUUCUAUAAUAUAAAUAGGAUUAUUAUAUAAUAAAAACAGUAAUUUUAUAUAAUAAAAUAUACUAAUGUUAUAUAAUAAAAACAGUAAUAUUAUAUAAUAAAAAAUAUUUUUAGUUUCCAUUGAAACUUUUUUUCUUUUUUUUUGUUGCUGUGGACGAAUACAUUUUUUUCUACCAUUUUUUUUGUCACAUUACUUCUAAUGUAGUGUAGUUGUAGUGCACUGUUGUAUAUAUUAUGCUAUGAUAUUCUAACUAAUUUUACCUUUCUUGCUUUGUCUAUAUUUGAUGAACUAAUUAUUCCUGCUUUCAUGUAAGUUUAGACAUGUAUUUUUGUACAGUAUUACCAUAUUAGUGUAUGUUCAAUAUAUGAAAUGUAUCUAUUUACAUGAUCUCUCCAUGUAAAUAUUCAUUGCUGUGAGAUACAUUAUUGUCAUCUUUAAGGCAUUUCACAUUGGACAUUGUUUUUCUCCAAUGCAGAACUGUGCCUGAAGUUAAAACUCCUCCUUGAAGAUCCUUGUGGCUGGUUAGACGCCUAUGUUUACCAAGCCAUUUGCCUUUCAGUUUCACUUUAAGUGUAUAUUUUAUCUUUGUAUUAAUCUGUCACUGGAUUUUGUACACUGUAAAUAAAUGUCAUGUAAAAUGUUUUUUUUGUUUUUUAAUAAAAUUGUAAUUCUUGA